UUACAGUUGUGUCCUGACACUUCCAAGCGGUUGGAUGCUGCAUAUGAAUUUGGAACAACAUAUGACCAAAAUUGUGAGUUGUCUGUGUCCAAGAUCCUCCAUGACUUUCCAGAACCCGUCUUUUAUGAUGUGUAUCUCUCCUACCGUGGAAGUGACAGUCAGCAGUACAUAUGGCCUGUACCUGUCCUAAACCUUAACCUCCAGUACAAUGACCAGUUUGUCAAUUUAGGAAACAAUGUUAACAACUGGCUGCUGACUCGUCGAAUAUUUUUGGUUGACACCCUAAGUGGACGAGAAAAUACUCUAAGCAGUUCACCUCGUGUGAUUCGUAUCGCAUCUAAAAUCACCAUCAGCAUCAGCCUGGUUCCUGGCACCCACAGAGGAACAGUUUACCCCCCACUCAUGACUGUGGAAUACGCAGAUAUACAAGUACAAAAUCCAGAAAGCCAGACUGUGAAGGUUUUCUUCUCUGUUCAGUAUGAAAUGAAUCAGGCAGAUUCUGUCACCCAGACAGAUGUGGCAUUAGGUGUGCUUGGUGGGCUGGCUGUGCUGUGGUCCCUUCUCAAAACUGCAGCUUGGAAAAGACGGAUAGGUAGCCAGGUCAUUGACUUGCAGACUGUGAUUCAGUUCUUAGUUAUAUAUGCUGGAGUUCUGGCCAAUGUGUUUUUUGCUGUGACCGUGGGGACUGGUGUUUACUGGCUUCUUUUGUUCAAAGGUCAGCAAUAUGUCUCUGUGCUACUGCCUCUACCCAGUGAUGAAAAAGACUUUAUAACUUAUGUAUCAUGUGCAUUUGUUUUGAAGGCCCUUCAGUUUUUGCACACUCUUAUCUCUCAGCUGACCAUUGAUAUUUUCUUCAUUGACUGGGAAAGACCCAAAAACAGAACCUUAAAAUCAGAAGGUGAGGGUGGUGUGAAGAGUGGUCCUGCACCUGUCAGUAUCUGGAGAUCUUACUUCAUUGCAAAUGAAUGGAAUGAAAUCCAGACAGUGCGCAAGAUCAACCCCCUCUUUCAAGUUUUCAUUGUACUCUUCUUUCUAAAGAUUGUUGGUUUUGAAAACCUGGCAUUACGGGAUUCAUCUUCAAGUCUCUCCAGAGAUCCACAAGAUUACAGAGCCCCAUGGAGUUGUAUUCUGCGUUAUGGUGUGACUUCUGCAUUGUGGCUUGGCUUUGGCUGUUUACAGAUUCUGUUUUUUUCUGGAAUUUAUGAAAGAUUUGUGGAAGACAAGAUCCGACAGUUUGUUGAUUUAUGUUCAAUGAGUAAUAUUUCAGUGUUCAUUUUGUCCCACAAACGCUAUGGUUACUAUGUUCAUGGCCGCUCAGUCCAUGGGCAUUCUGACACCAACAUGGAGGAGAUGAACAUGAAUCUAAAGAGGGAAGCAGAGAACAUGUGUAGUCAGAGAGGGCUACAACCAAACUCCGAUAUUCAGACUUUUCAGAUCUCUAUAUCUGGCAGACUCCGAACCCAGUUUGACCGGAUACACAGCAACUUAACAAAGAAUCAUGGACCUUCGCGCUUUCUUCAGAAUUCGCCAACUGCAUCUGAACAGAGCACAAAGGCUUAUCACACCAUGAAUAAAUUCCUCAGUGCCUUCAUUGACCAUUCCUUCAAAGACAUGGAUUACUUUGUGAAAGACAAACUGCUUUUGGAGCGAGUGCUCAGCAUGGAGUUCAUGGAGCCAAUGGACAGAAGUAUCUUCUAUAAUGAUGAAAAUCAUUCCUUCAGUGAUGUUCUCUUCUACGGUCAUGAAUCAACACUAAUCAUCUUUGAUACUCUGUUUUUCUGCAUUGUUGAUAUCAUGUCACAAAACUUUGUUCUGGCUGCAGUCAUCACAUACCUGCAGCAAGAGUGUUUCCGUCACAUCCGUGGGGCUGCAGGACAGAAGAACCUGGCGUCCAAAACUCUAAUAGAUGAAAGAUUUCUGAUAUGA